GCGCAUGCGCCGUCUGUCUGGGCCAUUAUUUUGUCCUCCUCAAGCUUCAAAUGAACAACAGGCUAAGCGUUCCUUGAAAUGAAUUAAAUAUUAAUACACGGAAGGAGCAUUUUUUUUCUUCUUGUUCAUCACCGCCGGCAUACAUGGAGUCUCUCGGUCAAUAGCUCGUUGUGUCGCCGGGCUGUUCGGUCCUCCGUUGGACUUGGAGGCCGAAAACAGUGCGCGAAGUGACAGCCCCGUUAAAGCCAGCAGAUUGGGUGUUUAUCUAGUUGGCUAGCCACCUAGCUAGCUUCCUAGACAGCUAAGAGGGGAGGAAAAAAACCCAAAAGGACCAUCUGAUAACUUCAGGAAAGGGAGAGCCGUGGCCGUCCCUGUCCCGUCCAACCUGCUGAGGGGAUGGCACACCUUCGAGACAUGCAAAACCAGAAUACCCGGUUGGACCCUGAGGAGUACUUCACCAAGCAGGAGCGGAUUGGGAAGGGUUCCUUCGGUGAGGUCUACAAAGGCAUCAACAACCGUACGAAAGAGGUGGUGGCGAUUAAAAUUAUAGACCUGGAGGAGGCGGAGGAUGACAUUGAAGACAUUCAGCAGGAGAUCACAGUGCUGAGCCAGUGUGACAGUCCUUUUGUUACCAAGUAUUAUGGAUCAUACCUGAAGGGGACCAAGCUGUGGAUUAUCAUGGAGUAUUUAGGUGGAGGAUCUGCUUUGGAUCUGCUCCGUCCAGGGCCUCUUGAAGAGACCUAUAUUGCCACUAUACUGAGGGAAAUACUUAAGGGGCUGGAGUAUCUGCACUCUGAAAGGAAGAUUCACAGAGAUAUCAAAGCUGCCAAUGUGCUCUUGUCGGAGCAGGGCGACGUGAAGCUGGCAGAUUUCGGGGUGGCGGGACAGCUGACAGACACCCAGAUUAAGAGGAACACAUUUGUCGGCACGCCUUUCUGGAUGGCUCCAGAGGUUAUCAAACAGUCAGCGUACGACUUCAAGGCUGAUAUCUGGUCCUUGGGCAUCACUGCUAUUGAGUUGGCUAAAGGGGAACCUCCCAACUCUGACCUACAUCCCAUGAGGGUCCUGUUCCUCAUCCCCAAAAACACUCCUCCCACCCUGGAAGGGCCUUACAGCAAACCCUUCAAAGAGUUUGUGGAGGCUUGUCUAAAUAAAGACCCUCGUUUUAGGCCAACUGCCAAAGAGCUUCUGAAGCACAAGUUCAUCACACGUUACACCAAGAAGACGGCCUAUCUGACAGAGCUGAUUGACCGCUACCGACGCUGGAAGUCAGAGGGACACGGGGAGGAGUCCAGCUCUGAUGACUCAGACAUGGAUGCUGAUGGUGACGUGGAUACAUGUCCCAUGUGGACCUUCCCCACAGUCAGACCCAACUCUAUGAACAAGUUACAGAAGGGCUACACACACACAGAUUCAGAGUCUGGAGAUUCGGUGAAAAGGCAACCCAAGUCACAAUGCUUGUCUGCUUUGGUAACACCCAUCUUCAGAGAGUUGAAGGAGAAGCGGCGGGCAAGUGGCGGAGGCGUAGGAGCCAUUGAAGAGCUGGAGAACGCCUUCAACCUCGCCGAGGAGUCCUGUCCGGGCAUCUCUGACCGCCUCGUCACACACAUGAUGGAGAGAGUGUGCAGGUUUUCUUUAAAUGGUAACACCACCCCGUCUUCACGGUGAAACCCCAGCUGGAUGUAACUUAACCCCUGACCACACCACACCCCCACCCCCUUGUUUUCAGUCUCCCAGACCCACCCAACUUCUCAGAUAAGGACCACAGAAGAACACCCCCCCCCACACACACACACACACACACCAUUCCCUCCUCCCUACCUUUGCACCCUUCCCCAUCCUAUCCCAGAAGAGAUCUUUUAAUUAGUUAUAAUUAAAUAUUUUUACAGUUUUUCUUUAAGAGCGGAGAGUAUUUAAGACAAAAAAAGCCAUGACAUUUAGAGCGUUGUGUAUACCUGUUAGACUGAGAAGAAAAAACUAUAAUAAAGUCUAUGGAAAAUGC